CCUUUGUACUAUGAGAUUAAAGAUCAUCUACGAUAAACAGAAAUACUUGAUUAACUUUACAAAUGAUAAUCUAUCAUACAUAAAGGAAUACAUAAGGGAAUUCUUUGAUAUACGUUACAAUGUACACCUUGAGAUUGAUGGUUUUCGAGUUACGCAGGGUGCACUCAAGGAAGACGAUAUUGUAGAUGUUAUAAAGACCACCUUGAAGAGGGACAUUAGUAGUAGCAGUAGCAGUAGUAGUAGUAGUAGUAGUAGUAGUAGCAGUAGCAGUAGCAGUAGCAGUAGCAGUAGCAGUAGUACCAGUAGUAGCACCUCAGAUUCAUCAGAGGACGACGAAGAACCAGUACCAGCAUCUAUCCAAACUGUACCGCCAUACACUGGUACUACAAAAACACACAAAAGGAAUCUUCGUAAUAAGAAAAAACUAAAGUUCCAGAAACUUGAAAAUCAACCGGUUAGGCCAUAUUCCUCAUUACCCUUGGAAAGUAUACCUAAAAAUGUGCGCAUAACGUCAGUUGACGUAGAAGACACAUAUUUCGAACCUGGUAAUUACACUCUACACGCUGAUUUCCGCGACGAUCAAAUGCAAGAAAGUUCAGAAGAUAACCCGAUGAUAGAUGAACAAAGUGGUAAUGAUUCAGCACCCUCAGAGGAACCAAUAGUUAGCAAUAAUGCCACUGCAUCUAAUACCUCUCAAGAUGUCAAACAGUUGCAAGCUGGUGUUCAUUAUCUUGGUUAUGGUAUGGGUAACCAACAUGAUACCCUUAUCGAUCAAUUCAUCACCAAAGCUCGCAAAAAAAUGGAAUCACAGAGACCACUCAAGGGCUUACCUAAGAUUAAUGCAUUCAUUGGCUAUCAAGAAUUACAACUCGAUAAUCAGAGACGCCCUGAGAACUUGAUAAUGAUUGGAAAAAUCGUAUGCUCGAAAUGUCACCAAAUGAGAGCAUUACACAAGAUGAAAUGA